GUUUUGCAAAAAAAAAAAAAAAAAUCAGUGACUAGAGUGUUGGGAGUAAUACACACACAUGACACCUUGAUGGGGUGAGAAUUAAGGAUGUAUGUGAGAACUCCACUUGUGAAACAUCUCUUUGUUGCAUAAAUUGAAGUACUUUGUACCUCAUUAACAGCGACUUUUUGAGAUAAAGAAGGAUCUGGCAUUCUUACGACAAUUGACUUCGAAAUUUCUAGGAAUACUGUCUCGAGUUUUGAGGUAGUGUUGUUUUUUGAGAAAGAGUGAAUUCAGAAGGUGUGGAGUGACAUCAAAACAGGUGAUGUUUUCUAGAUAUCUUUGAAUUCAAGAGAAAUAGAGAUUUUUUUGGGGAGAUGGUCUCUGCCUUCCUCGGAGAAUAAAUUUAAAAGAUGGCUCAAGAAAUGGUGAAAUUCACAAAGCUGCGAACGGCAAUAGAUCCCAAUUUUUGGGCUAAAUUCGCCGAGCUGAAGUUGGAUAAAUACAAAUUGGAAGAGAAAACAGAGAUAUCAGUAUGGGCAAGUUACAGCCUGGAUAGAUCAACGAAAACGAGGAGCCCAUUAUUGCUGGACUGUACGUCGUUUAACGAAAACGUCGAGACAACAUCGCACAACGGAACCGUCCCCUGUUCUGGCUACCUCAUAAACACAAACACCUUCGAAACCUUCAGGCAGAUUCAGCCGGAAAAGUUCAUCGAAACCAUCGGCCAACAUCUCCUGCAGUCGAUAACAGACGGCACAGCCUUGAAAGACCCCUCGAAAUUGACCCUCUUCUUAGUGCUCUCUUACGCAGACCUAAAAAAAUACCGAUUCCACUACUGGGCGGCGUAUCCCACCCCCUUCAACAUCCCCGCGAUGUACCACCAGUCACCGCCUCAACCGAUCGCCUCAAAGUUCUCAAAAAGUGCUCUCGAAAAAUUUAAAAAUGACUUCAACGCUCUGGACCCGAAGGCGAAAUGUUUCUUCUCCAUUGUCUCAUCUUCAACGGAAGAUCUGAGGAUAAUCCCUUUAUCGGAAGGGGUGGAAACGGUAAAAUCGGAUCCUGAGGGCUCUGAAAAAAUUAUCUUUGGAUUUUUCGACCCCUGUGAUAGUCCAGAACCAGGCUGGCCCCUGCGGAAUCUCCUCUGCCUCCUCAUCUACACGACUCCCGCCUACUCCUUCUCCCAAAGAAUCCCGAUAAUCUCCUACCGAGGGGACGACUCCCUCCUCUACCACCUGAAAUCCGCCCCCAACCAGAACGAGACCCAAGCAAAGACGGCCAUAAUCCAGGGUAAACUAGUCGGUUGGGAGUCGAACAUCAGCGGCAAGAUGGGUCCCAACAUCGCCGACCUCUCGCAGUCCAUGGACCCCACGAGAAUGGCGGCCCGAGCAGUCGACCUGAACCUGAAGCUCAUGAAGUGGCGCCUAGUCCCGGACCUCGACCUCGAUAAAAUCAGCAAAUUAAGGUGUUUGUUAUUGGGCGCAGGGACCCUGGGCUGCUCAGUGGCCAGAGUGUUAAUCGGCUGGGGCAUCAAGACCAUCACCUUCGUCGACAACUCCACAGUGUCCCACAGCAACACCGUGAGACAGAGUCUCUACACCCACGAGGACGCUGUCAAUCGACGACUGAAAGCAGAGGCUGCGAGGGAGGCGCUCCUCAGGAUCUGCCCCAGCUUCAAUGUCGAGGGGGUUGUCCUCCAGAUCCCCAUGCCUGGCCACGUCGUGGGCCAGAGUCUGCUGGAGUCCACGAGGUCUGCUGUGAAAACCCUAGAGGAACAGGUCCUCAAACAUGACGUUGUCUUUCUCGUUUUGGACUCGAGGGAGGCCAGGUGGCUGCCAACAGUCCUCUGCGCUGCACACGACAAAAUCGCGAUCAAUGCUGCUCUGGGGUUCGACUCCUACACUGUCCAGAGGCAUGGCACCAGGAGAAGCGUCUCGGCUAGCUCCCCAGAUCUCUCUGUGAGGUACCCAGCAGGCAGUGAUCUUGGCUGCUACUUCUGUAAUGAUGUCACUCAGCCUGGGAAUUCCCAGGUCGACAGGACUCUGGAUCAGCAGUGCACUGUCAGCAGACCUGGGCUGUCUCCCAUUGCAGCUGGACUCGCGGUGGAACUGAUGGUGGGGCUGACUCAGCACUCCAAGGGGGUCGAGGCGAAUGCCUUCGUCGAGGAUGGGAAGGGCUUCUGCAGGAGCGAACGGGAAGGGUGUGAGGGCCUGCUGGGGGCGGUGCCGCAUACCGUGCGUGGGUCGCUCUGGAGUCAUGAGAUGAGGCUCACCAUCACACACAGGUUCCCCUCGUGCACCGCGUGCUCGGCUCCCGUUGUCAAUGAGUACAGGGAGAGGGGGUUCGAGUUCAUUCUGGAGGCUUGCAACCAACCGAAUUAUCUGGAGAGGCUCGCUGGCUUGGAGGAUCUGCUGAGGAAUCCUAAUCUUGAUGAGUUGUGCUACGCUAUUGACACAUCCAGCGAUGAAGAAGACAGCAUAAUUCUCUCGAAAGUGUAAAAAUAUUGCCAGGGCCGGUUGCACCAAGCCCUGUUAGCCAAACAAAUCGUCAGAAUAAAUUCAGUAGCGAAGUGGUAAA